CUCUCGAGUCAAUUGACCGGAGUCGCUCCGUCUAUAAGUACGUUGUCGACCCUUUUUCCUUUUUUCUCUCUCUUCCCGUUGUCAGUCGUGCACCCUGGACAGGCGGGCCAGUCCGACGACAGUCAAUUAGCCUAUAGCAUGUCACCCAUUCGCGGCUCCCAUCUUGCGACUCUGGCUGUGCCGCUUCACAUGCCAUGCCAUGGAUUGCACGGCCUGGUAGAGAGAGAGACCGUGCCAGCGGGAGUUGUUUGCGUCCCAGCAGGGCUGUUCCCAGUGGCUGGGUGCCUGUAAGAGGUCCUGUAGGGGGCCCUGUAGAAACUAUGGGUGGACACUGCCCCUGGCUAACGCCCUCCAAACCCCCCCGCACACACGCUGUGUCCUGUUGCCUUAGGGGGUCACAGGCCCCAACGGUCCCCAUAUCGCACCACCACGCCCCAUAAGCCUCCCUGACCGCCUGGCGACGCACCAAUGGCCGCGCGCGCCGGCCGCCGCAGAUGGUUCGAUGGGUCCAUUGUCCUACCAAAUGGGCUCAGGGAUCCGGUCGUUUUCGUCUGGCCAGGAUUUGUUUUCGUUGCGAUUGGCAUGUGAAAGUCGUCGCCAAAGUGUUGGGGGAAAGUCAGAGCACAGCGCGGCGACAUCGUACGGCGUCAACGUCAGGAGCCAGGCCGCUCAGCCCCAAGACGCCCGCGACUGAGGCUUCCAAUUGCUCUGCCGUCCUGACCCGGUCCCGCCAGUCCCGGUCCGUCUUCGUACCGGCAUUUCGCAUUUCGCAUUCGGGUCCGUUCCUGCGUUGCGCCGUGUGCCGCCAAUCAUGCCCGUGUGAAUUGGUCUUGUCAGAUCCUGCAGGACAUCCCACUCCAGUGCUACUCCCGACUCCCACUUCUUCUAAGCCAUGCGGCGCCAUGUUUGCAUGUGUUAUGUGGCAUCUUUAUGCCCUUUUUGUUCCGUCUUCUCUCCUUUCUCGUCUCAAUUCUCUUCCGGGGCUUGUGCCAACUGCCGGCAAUUGAGGCCGUGGGUAUUGCGAAUUACCCACACCAUAAGACCAUACCACCCGACAUCACGUCAUCUCUUGGAACCAUUCGACUAGAUUCAAAGUAGACUUCGUCACCACGAUAUUUGCAUUCU